AUGUCUGAAGUGGCCAGGCAGCUGAAGGAGCUCGUCUGGGGACCCAAGACCAGCCCGGGUCUGUCAGACCCCAUCUUCGGCCGCUGGACCCAGGGCUUUGUAUUCAGCGAGUCGGAGGGCUCAGCCCUGGAGCAGUUUGAAGGGGGGCCCUGUGCUGUUAUCGCCCCUGUGCAGGCAUUCCUCUUGAAGAAGCUGCUGUUCACUUCAGAGAAGCCCGCCUGGAGGGACUGCCGAGAGGAUGAGCGAAAGGAUUUGCUUUGCCAUACCUUGAGUGACAUCCUAGAAUCGGCCUGCUUCGACAGGUCCGGCCCCUACUGCCUGGCAGCGUGGCUUCGGGGAAAGGAGACCGUGGGCCUCUUCCAGAGGCCGACCGCUGCCGGUGAGUAUGGGUGCCCAGAGGGCCACCCAUCUGCUAUGGCCCCCCAGGAGCAUCUGGGCUUUGAGCGAUUCCACUCCCUAAUUCACAAAAUGUCAUUCAAAAGUUUCCUGGAGCUAAAAGAUGCCAUCUGGGAGCAGUACUCUAUGUGGGCAAAUAAGUUUGGGGUGUUACUUUUCCUCUAUUCUGUGAUACUAACCAAGGGCAUUGAAAACAUAAAAAAUGAAAUUGAGGAUUCAGCAGAGCCCUUGAUCGAUCCUGUCUAUGGAUAUGGAAGCCAAAGUUUAAUUAACCUUCUCCUGACUGGGCAUGCAGUUUCUAAUGUAUGGGAUGGAGAUAAAGAGUGCUCAGGAAUGAAACUUCUAGGAAUACACAAGCAGGCCACAGUGGGCUUUUUAACACUCAUGGAAUCACUCAGUUAUUGUAAGGUUGGCUCUUACUUGAAAUCACCCAAGUUCCCCAUUUGGAUCGUGGGUAGUGAAACUCACCUUACUGUUUUAUUUGCCAAGGAUAUGGCCUUGGUGGCUCCUGAGACACCUUCUGAGCAAGCCAGAAGGAUUUUUCAGACCUAUGAUCCUGAAGAUAAUGGAUUUAUAUUAGAUACUCUUCUAGAAGAUGUCAUGAAAGCUUUGGACCUGGUUUCAGAUCCUGAUUAUGUUAAUAUCAUGAAAAACAAAUUAGACCCAGAAGGACUAGGAAUCAUAUUGUUAGGUCCCUUUCUUCAAGAGUUCUUUCCAGAGCAGAAUUCCAAUAUCCCAGAGUCCUUUACUGUAUACCACUACAAUGGACUAAAGCAGUCCAAUUUGAAUGAAAAGGUCAUGUAUGUGGAAGGUACAGCAGUAGUGAUGGGUUUUGAAGACCCUUUGCUGCAGACAGAUGACACACCAGUUAAACGCUGUCUCCAAACCAAAUGGCCAUCCAUAGAAUUGCUUUGGACCACAGAUCGAUCCCCUUCACUAAACUGA